AUGAAAGAGCCCGAUGGCCAUGUUGGGAGCAUGAAAGAGUCUUGGAAGUCAGCUGUCACAUUUCUGCUGAAAGCUGCAUAGUACAACCUGUUGUCAGCUUUGUGGCGUUCGCCUUUUGGACCGCAUCGUCACUUCCAAAGCAGAGAUCUUGCCCACCUUCCAUACUUCCUUCCCCACUGCGGCUUUUCAAGUUGAGGCAUUUGCCUAUACGGCCUAUGCCACGGACCGGCCCUGAUUCACAUUGACGUCCCACUGGGCCAAAUGCCCGAGAACAGCGCACAUGGGCCCGGCCAGCAGCAGAACGCAGGUCCCGCCGCGGAGGAGUCGCGGACGGCGGAGGAUGUUUUCGACGACACCUACGCGGAGAAAGUAGGUCCCAAGCCUCCGAUGCGGCUGGUGUGGAGGAACAUCAUCCUCAUGAUCCUGCUGCACACCGGCGCGCUCUACGGAUUCACCCUCAUCCCGGCGGCGGCCACUCUCACCCUGGCCUGGACUGGCGUGUGCUUCAUGAUCAGCGCCCUCGGCAUAACAGCGGGCGCGCACAGGUUAUGGAGCCACAAAACCUACAAGGCGUCACCCCCCCUAAAGGCCUUCCUCGUUCUUGCCAACUCCAUGGCCUUUCAGAACGACAUCUACGAGUGGGCGAGGGACCACCGAGUCCAUCACAAGUACUCUGAGACGGACGCCGACCCCCACAAUGCAAAGCGGGGCUUCUUCUUCUCCCACGUCGGCUGGCUGCUGGUCCGCAAGCACCCCGACGUCAUCUCCAAGGGCCGCAAAGUGGAGAUGUCCGACCUGAAGGCCGACAAAAUGGUCAUGUUUCAGAGGCGGCACUACCAGCUCUCGGUGGUGGUCUUGUGCUUCCUGGUGCCCACGCUGGUGCCCUGGUACUUCUGGGGCGAGUCCCUCCUGUUGGGAUACUUCCUGCCCGGACUGUUCCGGUACACGGUGGUGCUCAACGCCACCUGGCUGGUCAACAGCGCCGCGCACAUGUGGGGCAACAGGCCAUACGACAACACCAUCAACCCCAGGGAGAACAUGUUCGUCGCCUUCAGCGCCGCGGGCGAAGGCUUCCACAACUUCCACCACACCUUCCCCUUCGACUACGCCACCAGCGAGUUCGGCUGCAGGCUCAACUUCACCACCGCCUUCGUCGACCUCAUGUGCCUGCUGGGCCUGGCCUCCGAGCGCAGGGUGGCGUCCAAGGAGGUGGUGGCCGCCAGGGUGCAGCGGACGGGCGACGGCAGCGUGAAGAGUGGCUGAGGCGCACCGUGGCGAGGCGUGAUGAUGAUGAUGACGACGACGAUGACGAUGGAGGGUGAGGCGCUCACACCUCUGAUUGCUAUGAGACGACGCAGCUUCAGCCAGUGUAGCCAUGUCACCUUAAUAUUAAACACAUUGGAGGAUGAAAAUGGGAUUCAGGCUUGAUUUAUGUCCUUUUUCCCCCCUGCUCGGCUUUAAUCGCCUUUCCAGAAAUGACAAACCGUCUCCACUGUGCUGCAGCGCUCCGUUUUCUCACUGCCCACAGUCUCCUAGUAGAUCCAGUUAAGCUUUCUUCAGUUCUCCAUUGAUAACAUCUGACCUGGUGCAUUCAAGGUGGCUUGUUUUUCUUAACGUUUUCAAAACAUCCCGAACUGACGGUGUCCUAAAUUCCGAUUUCCAUUCCACAACUUUGAAUUUAAGUUGCAAACAGAACGGCAAGUCCCAUUUUAUAAUUGAAUCCAAGUAGAAUUCAAAUUCCAAUUUUUUAUUUUGGCGUAUUCCGGAAUCAUUCUUUAUAGUACUGUAUGUUCCGUACAUGGAUGUUUCACAUAUUACAAAAAAAUUAGCCACAGCAAAUAUUUUAAUCAACAUUUCAAAAUAACAUCUCCUAUAAAACAGAAUAUUUAAUUCCCACAAAAAAUAUUACAUCAUAACUGUUAGCGUUUUAGCCAAAGCAAAUAUUUUUUAUCAACAAUUCAAAAUAACAUCUCCUAUAAAACAGAAUAUUUAAUUCACACUAAAAAAUCUUACAUCGUAAUUGUUAGCAUUUUAGCCCCAGCAAAUAUUUUUUUAUCAACAAUUAAAAAUAACCUAUAAAACAGAUUAUUUAAUUCACAUUAAAAAAUAUUACAUCGUAACUGUUAGCAUUUUAGCCACAGCAAAUAUUUUUAUAAUAACAUCUCCUAUAAAACAGAUUAUUUAAAUCACACUAAAAAAUAUUACAUCUUAACUUUUAGCAUUUAAGCCACAGCAAAUAUUUUUAUCAACAAUUAAAAAUAACUAAUUCACAAUUAAAAAAUAUUACAUCGUAACUGUUAGCAUUUUAGCAAAUCUUUUUUUUAUCAACAAUUAAAAAUAACAUCUCCUAUAAAACAGAUUAUUUAAUUUACACUAAAAAAUAUUACAUCGUAACUGUUAGCAUUCAAGCCAAAGCAAAUAUUUUUAUCAACAAUUAAAAAUAACAUCUCUUCUAAAACAGAUUAUUUAAUUUACACUAAAAAAUAUUACAUCGUAACUGUUAGCAUUUUAGCAAAUCUUUUUUUAUCAACAAUUCAAAAUAACAUCUCCUAUAAAACAGAUUAUUUAAUUUACACUAAAAAAUAUUACAUCGUAACUGUUAGCAUUUAAGCCACAGCAAAUAUUUUUUUAUCAACAAUUAAAAAUGACAUCUCCUAUAAAACAGAUUAUUUAAUUCACACUAAAAAAUAUUACAUCGUAACUGUUAGCAUUUUAGCCACAGCAAAUAUUUUUUAUCAACAAUUAAAAAUAAGAUCUCCUAUAAAACAGAUUAUAAAAAAUAUUACAUCGUAACUGUUAGCAUUUUAGCCACAGCAAAUAUUUUUAUAAUAACAUCUCCUAUAAAACAGAUUAUUUAAAUCACACUAAAAAAUAUUACAUCGUAACUUUUAGCAUUUAAGCCACAGCAAAUAUUUUUAUCAACAAUUAAAAAUUACAUCUCCUAUAAAACAGAUUAUUUAAUUUACGUAACUGUUAGCAUUUAAGCCACAGCAAAUAUUUUUUAUCAACAAUUAAAAAUUACAUCUCCUAUAAAACAGAUGAUUUAAUUCACACUAAAAAAUAUUACAUAGUAACUGUUCGCAUUUUAGCCACAGCAAAUAUUUUUAUCAACAAUUAAAAAUAACAUCUAUAAAACAGAUUAUUUAAUUCACACAAAAAAUAUUACAUCAUAACUGUUAGCAUUUUCCCCAAAGCAAAUCUUUUUUUAUCAACAAUUAAAAAUAACAUCUCCUAUAAAACGGAUUAUUUAAUUCACACUAAAAAAUAUUACAUCGUAACUGUUAGCAUUUUAGCCACAGCAAAUCUUUUUAAUCAACAAUUAAAAAUAACCUCCUAUAAAACAGAUUAUUUAAUUCACACAAAAAAUAUUACAUUGUAACUGUUAGCAUUUUCCCCAAAGCAAAUCUUUUUUUUAUCAACAAUUAAAAAUAACAUCUCCUAUAAAACAGAUUAUUUAAUUCACACUAAAAAAUAUUACAUCGUAACUGUUAGCAUUUUAGCCACAGCAAAUAUUUUUUAUCAACAAUUAAAAAUAACUUCGCCGAUAAAACGGAUUAUUUAAUUCACACAAAAAAUAUUACAUCGUAACUGUUAGCACUUUAGCCAGUUUUGUAAGUCUUGGCAUCAAUAAACAGUAUUAUUGACUUGUACUCAUCUUGCUAGCAUGCUCACUGUUAGCAUUUUAGCCAAUUUUGUAGGUUUAAAAGUUUAUGGUAUUGUUACUUGGCAAUAUCUUGUUAGAAUGCUAAGCAUAUUAGCCAAUUUUUGUAGGUUUCAAACUAAAAGUAAUUAAUAUAUCUACUUGACGCUAUCUUGCCAGCAUGCUAGCUGUAGGCAUGUAAGAAGUGUAGCCGAUUUAGUAGGUUUAAAACUAAAAGUCACGGACAUUGGUGUUAGCUUCCAAUUAUGUUAACUGUUAGCAUUUUAGCCAAUUAAGUACAUUUAAAACUAACUCAUGGAUAUUAUUAUUUGGAGCUAUCCUAAUAGCAUGCUAACUGUUAGCAAGUAAGAAUUGUAGCCAAAUUAAUAGGUUUAACUUACUUGCAGCCAAAUUAAUAGGUUUAAAACUUAAGUCAUGUAUAUUGUUACUUGCCGUUAGCUUCCAAUCAUGUUAACUGUUUGCAUUUUAGCCAAUUUAGUACAUUUAAACUAAGUCAUGGAUAUUAUUUGUUGGCGUCAUCUUGCUAGCAUGCUAACUGUUAACUUGAUAGCAAGUUUUAUAGGUUUCAAAUUAAUAGUCAUAGGUAUUGUUACUUGGUGUUUUCUUGGCAUUUUAGCCAAUUAAUAAGUACAUUUAAAACUAAGUCAUGGCUAUUAUUUGGAGCUAUCCUAAUAGCAUGCUAACUGUUAGCAAGUAAGAAUUGUAGCCAAUUUAAUAGGUUUAAAACUAAGUCAUGUGUAUUGUUAUGUUAACUGUUUGCAUUUUAGCCAAUUUAGUACAUUUAAAACUAAGUCAUGGAUAUUAUUUGUUGGCGUCAUCUUGCUAGCAUGCUAACUGUUAACUUGAUAGCCAGUUUUAUAGGUUUCAAAUUAAUAGUCAUGGGUAUUGUUACUUGGUGUUUUCUUGGCAUUUUAGCCAAUUAAUAAGUACAUUUAAAACUAAGUCAUGGCUAUUAUUUGGAGCUAUCCUAAUAGCAUGCUAACUGUUAGCAAGUAAGAAUUGUAGCCAAUUUAAUAGGUUUAAAACUAAGUCAUGUGUAUUGUUAUGUUAACUGUUUGCAUUUUAGCCAAUUUAGUACAUUUAAAACUAAGUCAUGGAUAUUAUUUGUUGGCGUCAUCUUGCUAGCAUGCUAACUGUUGACUUGAUAGCCAGUUUUAUAGGUUUCAAAUUAAUAGUCAUGGGUAUUGUUACUUGGUGUUUUCUUGGCAUUUUAGCCAAUUAAUAAGUACAUUUAAAACUAAGUCAUGGCUAUUAUUUGGAGCUAUCCUAAUAGCAUGCUAACUGUUAGCAAGUAAGAAUUGUAGCCAAUUUAAUAGGUUUAAAACUUAAGUCAUGUAUAUUGUUACUUGGCGUUAGCUUCCAAUCAUGUUAACUGUUUGCAUUUUAGCCAAUUUAGUACAUUUAAAACUAAGUCAUGGAUAUUAUUUGUUGGCGUCAUCUUGCUAGCAUGCUAACUGUUAACUUGAUAGCAAGUUUUAUAGGUUUCAAAUUAGCUUGCUAGCAUGCUAACUGUUAACUUGAUAGCAAGUUUUAUAGGUUUCAAAUUAAUAGUCAUGGGUAUUGUUACUUGGUGUUUUCUUGGCAUUUUAGCCAAUUAAUAAGUACAUUUAAAACUAAGUCAUGACUAUUAUUUGGAGCUAUCCUAAUAGCAUGCUAAAUGUUAGCAAGUAAGAAUUGUAGCCAAUUUAAUAGGUUUAAAACUUAAGUCAUGUAUAUUGUUACUUGCCGUUUGCUUCCAAUCAUGUUAACUGUCAAUUAAUAACUACAUUUAAAACCAAGUCAUGGCUAUUGUUAUUUGGAGCUAUCGUAAUAGCAUGCUAACUGUUAGCAAGUAAGAAUUGUAGCCAAUUUAAUAGGUUUAAAACUAAGUCAUGUAUAUUGUUUAUUGGCGUUAGCUUCCAAUCAUGUUACUGUUUGCAUUUUAGCCAAUUUAGUACAUUUACAACUAUGGAUAUUAUUUGUUGCUAGCAUGCUAACUGUUAACUUGAUAGCCAGUUUUAUAGGUUUCAAAUUAAUCAUGGGUUUUAUAGGUUUCAAAAGAAUAGUCAUGGGUAUUGUUACUUGAUGUUUUCUCGGUCGAGCUUAAAUUCGGAAAAAAAUAGUUAUUUGGUGCCAAAGUGCUGACUUUCAACUUGUUAGCAUUUUAGCCAAUUUUUCAGGUAGGCUAUACAACCAAAAAACAAUGAAUAUUGUUGUUUUGUGGGAAAAAAACACUGCAAAAUUGAAGGGAUUUGUGUUAAAAGUGUUUUUAAUUGUUCAGUUUAAACGUGGCAAAUCUUUAUUAUUACACGGAAUCUCUUGAAUUGCAUUUGAAUUCCACUUCCUGCAACUCCCCAAAUUUCAACUCCACGUCCUUUCGAGGUGGAGCCAGCUUACUCGGAAUUCCGAUCCGUCAAAUGAAUUGAAUGGAAAUGUGUAAUUUUGCAUGGGGCGGAAGGAAAAAAAAAAAAAAUUAGAGUAUUGUAGGUUUUAUUUGUAAAAGGAGUACGAGCAACAUUCCUGCUAACAGCAGUCUUGCUGUGCACAAACAAGGCGUGCAAUUUGGUGAUAAUAAUCAACCUUUGAGAUAAGACCAGCGGGAGACGUGUGGUGCAGCCAGCAAAUGUCACAAUUCCCACCCAAAUACCGUCACAAAGGUCAAUUAAACAGUAAUAUUAGUAUCAUGGGUUUAUUGUGGAAAAGUCACUGAAAGAUGAUAUAUUGUCUACUUCACCUAGUUCUAUAUUUUACUGUGUUUAAACAUGGCCUAACUCUUCAAUGUGUAUCAUAAUAAACACCAUGUGAUUCA